AUGGACUGGGGCAUCUACAAGCCGGCGAAGCGCUUGAGGCCUGGGCCUGCUGCGGGAGGCUGCGAGCCCGAGGGCGGCGGGCGACUGCUGCGCCAGAGGCGCCUGGCGCCGACGCCCACGAGGGCACCGCCCAGCGGCAUCCCAUGGGCGCCGCCCAGCGGCAUCCAUGUGCCGCCGCCGCGCCGUCGCAGCCCACCGACGACAGCGCCGACGCCGGCCGCUGAAGCACUGCGAUGGGCGCUGCGACGCCAGAGCGGCGACCAGAGCACCGACCGGACCGCCGACAAGAGCGCCGACCAGACCGCCGACCAGAACACUGGCGCCAACACCAAGCCCGGCGCCUACGCCUUGAGCUCGCGCGGACCGAGGCCCCCUCCUGGGCCGCCACCAACGCACCUGCGCACCGAACAGGGCGCCGACCAGAGCACCGACCAGGGCGCCGGCCAGAGCGACGACAAGAGCGCCGACCACAGCGACGACCAGGGCGCCGACCAGACCGCCGACCAGAGCGACGACCAGGACGCCGACCAGACCGCCCUGAGCUCGCGCGGCGCCGACCAGAGCACCUUCGAGGGCGCCGGCCAGAGCGACGACAAGAGCGCCGACCAGAGCGACGACCAGGGCGCCGACCAGACCGCCGACCAGAGCGACGACCAGGACGCCGACCAGACCGCCCUGAGCUCGCGCGGCCCGAGGCCGCCUCCUGGGCCGCCACCGGCGCACCUGCGCGCCGAACAAGGCGCCGACCAGAGCACCUUCGAGGGCGCCGGCCAGAGCGACGACAAGAGCGCCGUCCAGAGCGACGACCAGGGCGCCGACCAGACCGCCGACCAGAGCGACGACCAGGACGCCGACCAGACCGCCCUGAGCUCGCGCGGCCCGAGGCCGCCUCCUGGGCCGCCACCGGCACACCUGCGCGCCGAACAAGGCGCCGACCAGAGCACCUUCGAGGGCGCCGGCCAGAGCGACGACAAGAGCGCCGACCAGAGCGACGACCAGGGCGCCGACCAGACCGCCGACCAGAGCGACGACCAGGACGCCGACCAGACCGCCCUGAGCUCGCGCGGUCCGAGGCCGCCUCCCGGGCCGCCACCGGCACGCCUGCUCGCCGAACAAGGCGCCGACCAGAGCGCCUUCGAGGGCGCCGGCCAGAGCGACGACAAUAAGAGCGCCGACCAGAGCGACGACCAGGGCGCCGACCAGACCGCCGACCAGAGCGACGACCAGGGCGCCGACCAGACCGCCCUGAGCUCGCGCGGCCCGAGGCCGCCUCCUGGGCCGCCACCGGCACACCUGCGCGCCGAACAAGGCGCCGACCAGAGCGCCUUCGAGGGCGCCGGCCAGAGCGACGACAAGAGCGCCGACCAGAGCGACGACCAGGGCGCCGACCAGACCGCCGACCAGAGCGACGACCAGGACGCCGACCAAACCUCCCUGAGCUCGCGCGGCCCGAGGCCGCCUCCGGGCCCGCCACGGGCACACCUGCGCGCCGAACAAGGCGCCGACCAGAGCACCCUCGAGGGCGCCGGCCAGAGCGACGACAAGAGCGCCGUCCAGAGCGACGACCAGGGCGCCGACCAGACCGCCGACCAGAGCGACGACCAGGGCGCCGACCAGACCGCCCAGGGCUCGCGCGGCCCGAGGCCGCCUCCUGGACCGCCACCGGCACACCUGCGCGCCGAACAAGGCGCCGACCAGAGCACCUUCGAGGGCGCCGGCCAGAGCGACGACCAGGGCGCCGACCAGACCGCCCUGAGCUCGCGCGGCCCGAGGCCGCCUCCUGGGCCGCCACCGGCGCACCUGCGCGCCGAACAAGGCGCCGACCAGAGCACCUUCGAGGGCGCCGGCCAGAGCGACGACAAGAGCGCCGACCAGAGCGACGACCAGGGCGCCGACCAGACCGCCGACCAGAGCGACGACCAGGACGCCGACCAGACCGCCCUGAGCUCGCGCGGCCCGAG